AGCCAUGGCAGCCUCGCAUAGAUCACAGAAUGUAAAGUCGUCUUCACGCGUAUGUAAAACUUCCGUACGUUCCAGUUCCCCAGUAUGAUCAUGAUUAUGAAACGCAGCGUAGACAUCACGACUGAGAAAAUUUUAUCGAAUGGGGACUCGCCGCAUAUCGUGGAGCUAAUUAGUUAUGAGCAAAACAUCCAAGUGAUGCUUGACCACAUAACCAGACCAGAGAAAGACUUCACAGAAGUUCGCAUCGACGAUGAAAAAGAAGAAGUCAAAGCUGUCAAGAGAAUCACUCACAAAGAUGACAACAAAGAUGACAAAAUAGAUGAUGUGACAUUUGCCAACAGAGAUGCAAGAACUGUCGCCAAAGUGGACCCGACAAAAAGCCAUAACAAAUUUUAUAGAAUCUUUUACAAAUACGCUAAAAGGGCGUCUUUUAACGGAAUGGUUUUUAUCUUGAAGUCCCAGAAUCCAAUAGUCAAAGCUUUAUGGACACUUCUAGUCUUAGCAGCGGCUGGUGCCUCCAUUUUCCAUCUUUUCUAUUUGUUCUCCAACUUCUACGAGUUCCAGAAAUAUUCCAAGGUCAACUUAAAGUUCAGCAGCCUGCAGUUUCCAGCCGUUACUGUGUGUAACGUCAACAUGAUGAGGUUCUCUAAGAUAGCCAACGCGUCGAAAGCCGUCAAAAAUUUGUUCGCACAAGACAACGAUUAUACUGCAACAACAACAGACGAACCAGAUCUGAAAGACUCAGGGCUUCUCAAGUGGGUGGCUGAGAGGGAACAAGCCCUUUGUACGUACUGCAAGUAUUGCUGGGACCAGGGCGAGGGUCAAAACUCCUCCCUGUACGAGUUUGACGACUACUUCACCUACGUGUACAACAAACAACCUCUGGCCUUCAAGCAAAUUGUAUCACCGCAGUACGGGAACUGCUACACCAUAGAAAAUCCAGAUUUUAUUUCCAGGAAAAGUGGGGCAGCCAGCGGCCUGGAGCUGAUCCUGUCCCUAGAGACAGAAGACUACAGUCCUGUGACCACGUCCAGUAGAGGUGCCAGAGUUAUCAUCCACGAGCCGCAGACGAUACCAUUUCAGGACGAGAACGACAUAGCAAUCAGUCCAGGCAUGCACACGAUGAUCGGUCUCAGACAGGUGAAGAUCAACCGUAUGGGGGCGCCCUACGCCCCGUGUGAGCCUGGGGAGGAGUUUUUACGGAACAAUGGCUACAAGUAUACCCGAAAUCUGUGCCAGAAGAUGUGUGAAGACCAACACAUCCGAACCACCUGUCGCUGCUAUGAGUAUGAGGUGGACUUCAACACGACCAGGAAAGAAAACCUCCAAGAUCACGUGGGACAGUGCGAGAACAAAUCAGUCAUUGGACAAAAUUAA